AUGUUACCCACCACCACCACGACUACUAGUAUUACUACAAGCAACAACAACACCUAUAAAAAGUACACAUGUGGUUGCAUUCCUAAUCGAUUCACUAAACCCAUUCAAAGAUCUUUUUAUUCCUUUGUAACCUCCAAAUGGGGUGUCAUUCUAUUAAUUAUUGUGACCUUCAUUACUCUCAAUUCCAUUCUUCAUUUAUUACAAUCUUUAUUAGAUAUUUCAAUUAUGGAUAAAACAACAUUGGUUGAAGAUGAUGUUUCACAAAUGGGAAGUUAUUGUCAUCGGAUGUACAAAGAUAACAUUAUGAAAGUGAAUUCAAUUUCUAAAUUAUGUUAUGAACCAAUGGAUAUUGUUUAUACUUGGGUGAAUGGUUCUGAUCUAAUUCAUAAAGCAUUAUUGAAAGAAUAUACAGAACAACAAGAACAACAACAAUUAACAGAACAAGAUGAAAAUGAUGACAGCGAAACUACUACCAAGACGACUACAACGAGUCGUAUGAGUACUAGUAGUAGUAGUAGUACUACUACUACAACUGGUGGUACUACAACAAGCACUACAACUGGUAAUGACAGCAGUGUUAACACUCAUAGAACCAAAAAGAAGGAUUCAAAUGAUCCUCUCAAUAAUAAGAAAGAAAAUAAUCGUAAAAACAAUGAGCAAACCAAUCAUAAAGUGCAAUGGAAGGGAAGAAGAAGAAAAUUAAAUCAAGUCAUUGACAAGACUUCAAAAAAGAAGAAGACCAAUUCUCAUCAUCCUACUCUGAAGAAGAAGAAACUCGUUCACACAACUCGUGCUUCUACCACCACUGCAUCUCGUGCUUCUACCACCACUGCAUCUCGUGCUUCUACCACCACUGCAUCUCGUGCUUCUACCACCAAUGAUCAUACUAAUAGUAAUCAUAAUAUCAAUAAUAAUAAUAUCAAUAAUAAUAUCAAUAACGAUAAUCAUAAUAUCAAUAAUAAUAAUAUCAAUAAUAAUAAUAUCAAUAAUAAUAUCAAUAAUAAUAAUACGAAUCAUUCCAAUAAUAAUACUACUCAACAACAAGACAACACUGUCAGUGGUUCCAAUCGUUUUAGAGAUAAUGAUGAAUUGAAAUUCAGUUUAAGAAGUUUAGAAAGAUUUGCUCCAUGGGUUCGAAAUAUUUAUAUUGUCACCAAUGGUCAAGUACCCAAUUGGUUAAAUAUUAAGAAUCCAAAAAUCAAAAUUGUGAAACAUUCAGAUAUUUAUAGAGAUGUUUCACAUUUACCUGUAUUUAGUUCUCCAUCCAUAGAAUCUCAUAUUCAUAGAAUACCUGGUCUAUCUAAAAAGUUUAUCUAUUUAAAUGAUGAUGUCAUGUUUGGAAAUUUUGUCUAUCCUGAAGAUUUUUAUAGUCAUUCGACAGGACAAAAAGUAUUUCUCAGUUGGGAAGUUCCACCAUGUGCAAGUGGAUGUCAAGAAUCAUGGUUAGGAGAUGGUUAUUGUGAUUUGUCAUGUAAUGUCACUCAAUGUGAUUUUGAUGGUGGUGAUUGUAUUGGAAAUAAUGUGAGAAUGUCGUAUGGAUCUUCCUCAUAUGGUAAUUCCUGGAAUAACUGGAAUACUGGAACUUCCAAUGUUCCUUCUUGGAUGUCAGCAGGAUCUUCAUUGAAAUCUAAUUACAAUAAUUAUUGUUCUGCUUCAUGUCCUGAUUCAUGGAUUGGUGAUCGAUUUUGUGAUCGACCAUGUAAUGUUAAGGAAUGUGGUUUCGAUGCAGGUGAUUGUGAUUUUAAAGAAUUGAAAAGAGUUUUAUUGCAUCAAGAUGUGACUGAGGAUUUGAAUGUCAUUUAUGUGAGAUCGAACAUUUCUUCUAUUUAUUUGAAUUUAAAUCCAAUUUUCAUGAAUUCACAAAUUACAAAUGGAAAUCAUGAUAAUGAGAAAUUGGUGAGAAGUUCAACCAUUUCACAAAAGAAAAAUUAUUAA